AUGUCUUCUCGAUCUUCUUCACGAGUACGAUUACGUAUGUAUCGCAGGGUACCGUACGAACGAACUCGGACGGUAAGGAUACCGGGUAUUACGGGGGACUAGCAUUCUUUCAUACCGUACAGCAAUCGUUCUCGAUCCAUGUUCGAUGAGCCCAACAGUGACACGGAACACAACACAAACAAGACCAGUUUCGUAUUGUUACAGACAAGAAUCAAGUCAUGAAAUUCCAAACUGCAAGCAACGUCCUCGCUAUUACUGCCCUGGCAUCGAAGGCUUCUGCGUUCGCACCUACAUCGAACAAUGUCAAGUCGACCGCGCUUCUAAUGGGAACUCCGGGCAUGGAUUUGAGUGGAAACUCUUGGAAACCUGAUUCCGAGAAGAUGGGUGUGAGUAUAAGAGUUAUACGAAGAAAUGAGUGCAAUCAUUAGUUCGGAGGUAAUUGUCUGGGAUUCGACGUUGAACCCAGAGACUGAAAAAUUCAUUCACAUAAUUUUCUGGAGAAAUAGUGUUGGACAAUUUGCUGUGGAUCUGUGCCGAAUGAAGCCAAUCAUGGCUGUGAUGAUCCCAAUUUGUUUGUGUUUCAUAUCUUUCUAGACCAUGUGUAUCUGACUCCAAGGCUUCGCUUUAUUCCACCUACACUUACCGACAAUGACUCUUGAAAUUAUCGAUUGGUGAAAUGAAAUGGACUGAAAUAACAUAAAACACAAUGUAGUCAACUGAUACCGGUGAUUACUUCCCUGAGGGAUAUAAUCCCGAGGAAGAAAUUGCCUUCUCCAGUGGAAUGAUGGGAUCCCAAUCUGGAAACGCAGGAAGUCGCGAUGGACCACAGCUUCCCGGACUCGAAAACUUGGGAGCAGAUGCUGUUGUUGCGGGUGGAAUCUCCCUCGACCCCAACAUUCCAGAGGGCAUGGAAUUUGUUCCGGCAUCGGUCCCCGACGGUAAUUUCGAAUUCCAGGUUGCCUCUACUGGAAGCGGUGGAUCCCUUCAGGUCAUGAUCAGUUCGCCCUGCAUGACGUUUGAGGAUUAUUACGCUGCCUUUGCGCCUGGAUCCCAUCCUUCGCUAUCGGUAGGGCCUUCUGCUGGUCGACUGGAUCGACGCAGUGGUGACCCCACACCUUUGGAAAUCACUUGCGAACCUAAUGGGGUUGGAGGAGUCUUGACCGGGGAUCUUGUUAUCAACCUUCCAGAUGAUAACUCCAAACUCUCUUACAAAGUCACCGUCAACUCGGUAUAGAUAAAGAUUUGGUGUAAAACAGUGCAAGUUGGAGAAUCACUUGGUGUUUCACUCAUUCCAAUUGCAACGAUUUGUCUAUUCUCAAGUGUUGUGAUGCGCUUUCCCAUUACAGUAUAGGCCUUUCUUCUUCGCUAAAUAUGCGUGCAAAUUU